AAACUGCCCAGACAGUUGGACAGGACAUAGACACACAGAAGAAAAGAAGACAAAGAACAGGUGACCAUGGGGAAGAAAGUGGCCAUCAUUGGAGCUGGUGUGAGUGGCUUGGCCUCCAUCAGGAGCUGUCUGGAAGAGGGGCUGGAGCCCACCUGCUUUGAGAAGAGCAAUGAUAUUGGGGGCCUGUGGAAAUUUUCAAGGAGCCAUGAGUGAAGGCAUACAAGUGGGCUCUGGCCACUGAAAAAAAUAAGAAAUGCCAGCAUCCACCAGAAACCAGAAGAGGCAAGGAAUGAAUUCUCUCUUGGACCUCUGAAAAUGAACAUGGACCAUGCAGAGGAGGGCAGGGCUAGCAUUUACAAAUCAGUCUUUUCCAACUCUUCCAAAGAGAUGAUGUGUUUCCCAGACUUCCCAUUUCCUGAUGACUUCCCCAACUUUAUGCACAACAGCAAGAUCCAGGAAUAUAUCAUUGCAUUUGCCAAAGAAAAGAACCUCCUGAAGUACAUACAAUUUAAGACAUUUGUAUCCAGUGUAAAUAAACGUCCUGAUUUUGCAACUACUGGCCAGUGGGAUGUUACCACUGAAAGGGAUGGUAAAAAAGAAUCGGCCGUCUUUGAUGCUGUAAUGGUUUGUUCCGGACAUCAUGUGUAUCCCAACCUACCAAAAGAGUCCUUUCCAGGACUAAACCACUUUAAAGGCAAAUGCUUCCACAGCAGGGACUAUAAAGAACCAGGUGUAUUCAAUGGAAAGCGUGUCCUGGUGGUUGGCCUGGGGAAUUCGGGCUGUGAUAUUGCCACAGAACUCAGCCACACAGCAGAACAGGUCAUGAUCAGCUCCAGAAGCGGCUCCUGGGUGAUGAGCCGGGUGUGGGACAAUGGUUAUCCUUGGGACAUGCUGCUUGUCACUCGAUUUGGAACCUUCCUCAGGAACAACUUACCGACAGCCAUCUCUGACUGGUUGUACGUGAAGCAGAUGAAUGCAAGAUUCAAGCAUGAAAACUAUGGCUUGAUGCCUUUAAAUGGAGUCCUGAGGAAAGAGCCUGUAUUUAAUGAUGAGCUCCCAGCUUGCAUUCUGUGUGGCAUUGUGUCCGUAAAGCCUAACGUGAAGGAAUUCACAGAGACCUCGGCCAUUUUUGAGGAUGGGACCAUAUUUGAGGGCAUUGACUGUGUAAUCUUUGCAACAGGGUAUAGUUUUGCCUACCCCUUCUUUGAUGAUUCUAUCAUCAAAAGCAGAAACAAUGAGAUCAUUUUAUUUAAAGGAGUAUUUCCUCCUCUACUUGAGAAGUCAACCAUAGCAGUGAUUGGCUUUGUCCAGUCCCUUGGGGCUGCCAUUCCCACAGCUGACCUCCAGUCCCGCUGGGCAGCACAAGUAAUAAAGGGAACUUGUACUUUGCCUUCUAUGGAAGACAUGAUGAAUGAUAUUAAUGAGAAAAUGGAGAAAAAGCGCAAAUGGUUUGGCAAAAGUGAGACCAUACAGACAGAUUAUAUUGUUUAUAUGGAUGAACUCUCCUCCUUCAUUGGGGCAAAGCCCAACAUCCCAUGGCUGUUUCUCACAGAUCCCAAAUUGGCCGUGGAAGUUUAUUUUGGCCCUUGUAGUCCCUACCAGUUUAGGCUGGUGGGCCCAGGGAAGUGGCCAGGAGCCAGAAAUGCCAUCCUGACCCAGUGGGACAGGUCGUUGAAACCCAUGCAGACACGAGUGGUUGGGAGACUUCAGAAGCCUUGCUUCUUUUUCCAUUGGCUGAAGCUCUUUGCAAUUCCUAUUCUGUUCAUUGCUGUUUUCCUUGUGUUGACCUAAUCAUCAUUUUCUCUAGGAUUUCUGAAAGUUACUGACAAUACCUAGACAGGGGCUUUGCUAUUUAAAAAUUAAAAUUUUCACACCACCUACUUUUCUAUUCAGCAUCUUUUGCAGUACUCUGUAGACAUUAGUCAGUAACACAGUGUUAUUUCUAGGUUCUGAAAUAGCCAUUUUAAGAAUCAUGUCAUGAUCUUAAGAGAGCACUAAUCAUUUCUGUUUGGGUUCCACUAACACUUCAAAAUCAGAACUAUGUUCUUUAUAUCUAACUUAAAUCAUUUCCUCAAACAUUUUGACAUGAUUCCUUUUUCCUUUUAAACAAUGUAUGAAAGAUGUAUUUUAAAUCUAAAUAAAGAGCAAAUUAAGCAGAAUAAUUAUAA